AUGCACAAGCUCGUAUUCAACGAGAAGCUCAUGCAGAAUGGCAAAGGCGCGGGAACCGACGCGCUUUUGAAGCGACUCAAGACACUGCACGGAAAGCUUGCUGCCCUCGAACAGGAUGCGACGGAUAAGAAGAGUCUGAACGCUGUGAGGAAACAGCUCAUCGACAGCGUCAUCCUCCACCACAAGGACCGCGGUGUCAAGGCCCUUGCAGCAUGCUGCCUUGCCGACCUUUUGCGCUUGUACGCGCCGGAUGCGCCAUUCACCGCCGACGAGCUCCGGGACAUCUUCCAGUUCUUCGUUGUCCAGAUCACCCAAAACCUCAAGCUUCCCACCGGUAGUGCGCGCCCGCUUGCCCCCAGCAAGCGAGGUGCAAACAGUGCCACUUCGGACAGCCAGCAGACGACACUCAACACGCGUAUCACGGAGAUUCCUUACUACACCGAGUACUGCUACCUCCUUGACAACCUGGCCAGCAUCAAGUCUGUGGUGCUUAUUUGCGACCUUCCUGGCGCCGAAGAACUCGUCACCACCUACUUUGAGAGCUUUGUUGAGGUUGUCCGCACCGACAUGAACAAGAACCUCAUCCGCAACCUGGCGAGUAUCCUCGUCGAGGUGCUCAACGAGAGCGAGACUGUUCCCACCGGGGUCAUGGACUGCAUCCUUGCCCAGUUUACACCCGAAAGCAAGGCGGAUUCCCCUUCCUUCCAGCUCAUUGUUGAUGUCUGCAACCGCAGCGUGAAUAAGCUGUCACGACCACUCUUUACACUCGAGCACGGACGUGACCCUUCCCCGGAGGACCUGCGUACCCUCACCGAGACAAACGACCAACUCCUCGUCAUCUUCCGCAACGCACCCAACCUUCUCGUCAACAUUAUCCCCUUGCUCGAGGAGAACCUUCGCGCAGCAGACGAAACACCCCUCCGUGAAAUUUCGGUCAAGACCCUCGGUUCCAUGUUUGGCGAGCGUCCGCUCUUCGGUAGUGGUGUCGUCGACAUUGCGCGUGCCUUCCCAUCUGCCUGGCGCUCAUGGAUUGGUCGUCAUGUGGACAAGGCGCUGCCUGUCCGUCUGGCGUGGGUUGAAGCGGCUGGUCCCAUCCUUGUCAACCACUCCGAGUUGCGCAAGGAGCUGGAGCCCGUCCUUCAGGAUCGUAUCCAGGACGCGGACGAGCGCGUGCGUGCUGCCGUCUGCAGGCUUAUCGGCUCGCUCGACUACGAGACUGUCCUUCAUCACGUCAGCAAGUCACUGCUCCUUGCCAUCGGCCUGCGCAUGAGUGACAAGAAGGCGGUUGUCCGUACCGAGGCCAUCAACGCGCUCGCCAAGCUGUGGGGAAUGGCAAAAUCUGAAAUUGAGGCCAACGACGCAGACGCUGUUGACCACUUUGCCUGGAUUCCCCAGGAGAUGGUUCGCCGUAUCGCCGUCAUCGGUAGUACCGCCGAGAUGAAGUCCCAGAUCAUCGUCGCGUUCAAGACGCACAUCCUUCCCCUCCCCACCAAGCCUGAUGACGAGCAGGCUUGGGUCGACGACUUUCUCCUGGUAGCAUCGCACAUGGACGACCCGGGCCUUCGUGGCCUGGACAAGCUGACCGGUCUGAUCGGCUAUGCCAAGGGCAUGUCACCAUACGGGGCGUUCAUCCCGACUUGCGAGCAGAACAACGGGGGCGCUGUAGACGGCGCCGAGGGACAGGCUGCCAAAGACAAUCUCGCCUACGUUAUCGACGCCAUUGUUCGCCUCAACUUUGGUGACGCUGACAAGGCCCGCAAGGACUUGGAGGCGUUUGCGGCCGCCAAUGAGCCUCGCAUGUACAAGCUGUUCAAGGCCCUUGUCGACCCGCAGUCCGACCUCCGCAUGAUUGUCAAGUCCAAGAACGAGCUGCUCCGUCGCAUCGAGCAAUCUCACACUGCAAUCUUGGAGACCUUUACCGUGGUCAUUGACGCGGCUGCUUGGAACGUCGUCAACCACUCGAGCAUCCCAGGUUUCAUCAAGCGCAUGCAGAAGCCUGAGGGCCCUCUGCCCGAGAAGAUCAACCUCGUCUGCGCUCGCUACCUCUCGCUCAUCUCAAAGGAGUGUGCGCCAAUGUACAAGAACCACGUCCCUGAGCUUGUCAUUGUCAUCAACGACAAGAAGAAUGACCUCCUCGUCGAAGUAGCCCUCCAGGCCCUUGCGGCCGUCUGCAAGUGGGACAAGUCGGUCGGCCCAUCGGAUAAGCGGCCCAUUGAGCGUGCCAAGAAGCUCGCUCUGUCGGGUACACCGCGCCAGGCCAAGUUUGCAUCACGUUUCAUUGCGUCGUGCAACGACUCCAAGGCUGCAACCGAUCUCGUUUCUUCCGUUUGGAAGGCCCUCCAGGACGGCGACGAGGAACAGCUUCUUCCGCUCCUGCGCUCUUGCCAGGAACUUGCCCUUUCGGCUGCUGUGGCGUUCGAGACCAAGACUGCCGAAAUCAUUGGCUAUAUCAUGUCCGAGGUCAUGCUGCGUCGCUCGCCUUCGGAAGAGGACCUCGACGACCGUUGGGUGGAGGAAGAGGAGCUGGAGACGCUCGAUCGCGCAAAGCUCAUUGGCCUGCGUGUCUGCACGCAUCGCUCACUCGGCUGGGCCCGAGACGCCAACGCACUCGACCUCGUGGCGCCGACCUUCAACUUGUUGUCGCAGAUCCUCACGAAUGAUGGUCAGGUCAGCGACGAGACCAUGGAGGGUGGAAAGGCUCGUUGCCACAUGCGCCUGCGCGCAGCUCUUUGCAUGGUCAAGCUCGCCCGUGUCCGCGUGUUUGACAAGGCGAUCUCGCCUCACUUUGUCGACAUUGCGUUUACCAUGCAAGACGUCAACUUUACCGUUCGCCACCGGAUGCUGAAGAAGCUCCACGAGGUACUCCCCGGUCAGCGCCUGAUGCCCAAGUGGAACCUUCUGCCCAUCCUUGUCGCUCAGGACCCUGAGGCGGACAACAUCAACUUGGCUAGAACCAUCAUGAGCCAUGUGAUCCUGGCCGCCCACCGCCUGCGGCCCGAAGACCGCAUUGACCGUGUCGAAAUGCCGCUUGCCCGCCUGCUCCACCUCCUCACCCAGCACCCGGACCUGGACUGGAAGAAUGCCGAGGACCUCAAGGACAUGGCCCGCUUCAUCGAGCUGUUUGUGGAGUGUAUUGCGCAGCGCGAGAACAUUGCGCUACUGUACACUAUCGCCAACAAGCUCAAGACGGUGUGUGUUGCAGGUGAAACAAUGGACGAGGACAAGCUCCGGCUGCUACUCGAAGAUUCAAAACAACCGGCUGGCGAGGAUGAUGACGACGAAGCCGGCGAGGAGUCUGCGCCCCAGGCGUCAUCGCCUACAAUCAACCUCUACAAGCUCAGUGAACUGUCCCAGAUCAUUUUGCGAAACUGUGCUCAGCGCAAUUCUUGGCCACUGUCUCCUUACCCUGGCAAAAUCAAGCUUCCUAGGGACAUUUUCCUCAACUUGCCGUCGGCCGCUAUCGCGCACCAAGUGUCAGGGCGCACCUACCUUGGCGAAUCGGUGGCGGUAUGGGCAAAGAACUUUGGCAAGAAGAGUGUGGCUGUGCCUGGCUCACGACGUGCGGCAGCCGAGACGUCGGGUGAAUCUCGCAAGCGGACCCGCACGGCAGGAGCGCCCCGUGCGCCACGCAAGAAGCGUCGUGCAUCGCGCACGGAUGACGAGGACGACGAGGAUGACGAGGAUGGAGAGGACAGCGAGAGUGACAGUGGAGAAGACGAGGACGAUGACGAGGUGGCUGCCAAUGAGUCGGAUGCGGCGGAGGGUGACGAGGGCGGCGGUGGCGAGGCGGUGAUGGGGCGUGGAGGCAGGCGUAAUGCCAAGACUAAGGCCAAGAAGGCCGUCACGCGCAAGGCCAAGAAGAAGAAGGUCAAGCAGCCUGCCGAGGACUCGGAGCUUAGUGAGCUCAGUGAUGAGUGA